GCAGGCUGCGGGUGUUGGAUGUACCCUUACCGCUGCGCUUUGAUGAAUUAAACAAAGAACAUUAUAUUUGUUUCGGGAUGAAAACUACACUGAACGUUUCGUGAAUUUGGUAUGAAUAGUUGCAGUGAGUCUGAAUGUCUAUCCGCUGUAACCGAAACAUUUCUCUUGCUAGCUUGGCUAAUAGAAACAGAGCUCUAUCGGUGCUAAUGCUAAUAGUUACAUUAGGCUAAAAUAAGCUAACUUAGCUAGCUGGUAACUUAGCCAGCUACCUCAUCGAGUGCAGGACGUUUGCUUUUCCAAGUCCUCACCCAGUUUAGCGGUUCCUGCUCCGGUCUCACUUUCCUGUGUUUUCAUUUUAACGGUGGAGGUUGCGGAACCGGAGCUGUGGCGGGGGGACGUGUGAACAGGAACCCCCUGGCUAUCCAGGCGGACGGAUCACAGUGACACGCCGGGUCGUGGGAGAGAUAAAAGUGGAACCAUGGCUGAACUCUCCACCUUAUCCCCAUCACCACCUGCACUGGGUGAUCCACAUGCAGCCCCCUCCAUACCGCCUGCUUCAUCAGCAGUUCCUGCACCAGAAUCUGCUAGGGAGAAGCCCAUACCCAAGUCUUCCCUCUUUAACGACAAAGCUCUGACUGGAAACACACUAGCAGCACAGACAGGGAGCUCAUCUCUGACUCCACAACCAUCUGCAAGUCCUCCCAAACUCUCUCCGGAAACUCCCCUUGCAUCAUCCGUACAUGAUGAUGUGCCACAGAAAGAGGACUCAGUAGGGGGAGAAUUGGAGAAUAGAGCUCAGGAACCUGUGAUGGGUGACCCAGCUGUCCCACAGCCCCUGAGUACUGAAACAGAGAUCAGUGUACAGUCAAGUGAGACAUCAGCACAGUGCGAAUCACAGCUGGCAUCCCCGUCUCCUGAUCCAAAUCCUGGACCCAAUCUCUACCCCAAUGUGCAUGUCACCCACAAUCCAAAUCCUGUCAUGGAUGAUGGUCAGCCCCACAUCUCUGCAGCUUCCAAUCAUGCAGCCGCUCCUCCAGCAUUCAGCGACACAGCAGUAUCUUCGACAGCUGAAGAGGAGAAACCUCAGCUGCCUCAACAAGCACAAAACCCUCCUAGUCAGCCUCCUCCCCUCUCUCCAAAGCUUGAGACUCUCAGCGAAGAAAAGAAAGCAGAACUUCCUAGCACCCCCACAAGAGCAGAACCCCCUAGCCCUACCGUUCCACUCAUUAACGAGCCAACCUCUAUGCUCCCACUUCCCAAUCCCAGCCCCCGGCCGGCACCAGACACACUCAGCUACCUUGAGUCCGCCAGCCUGAUGUCAGGGACUUUGGAGUCUCUAUCUGGGCUGGGAGAGGACGGCAGCUCUGUGGGCUCAGACUCUGAGAUCAAUGGGCUGACUGUCAGACGCACUGACAAAUAUGGCUUCCUUGGUGGAAAUCAGUACAGUGAAGGCGGAGAAAAGGAAAUUCGAGUUGAAGUUGCCAGACAGAGGGAGGUAAAAUGGCUUGAUAUGUUCCACAAUUGGGAUAAGUGGAUCAAACAUCGCUUCCAGAAGGUGAAGAUGCGCUGCAGGAAGGGGAUACCAUCUUCUAUCAGAUCCAAAGCCUGGCAACUGCUGUCCAACAGUCAGGAACUCCUGGAUGCUAACCCUGGAAAAUUUGAGGAGCUGGAGAGAGAACAGGGGGAAGCUAAAUGGCUGGACAUAAUAGAGAAAGAUCUCCACAGACAAUUCCCCUUCCAUGAGAUGUUUGCUGCACGAGGUGGCCAUGGACAACAGGACCUGUUUCGGAUCUUGAAGGCUUACACUAUCUACCGGCCUGAUGAGGGUUACUGCCAAGCCCAGGCUCCUGUGGCUGCAGUGCUGCUCAUGCAUAUGCCUGCUGAGCAAGCGUUUUGGUGCCUAGUCCAGAUCUGCGAGAAGUACCUUCCUGGCUACUACAGUGCUGGACUGGAAGCAAUCCAGCUGGACGGCGAGAUCUUCUUCUCCCUGUUACGCCGUACAUGUCCGAUGGCGUACCGUCAUCUUAAGAAAUUCAAGAUCGACCCCAUUCUCUACAUGACUGAGUGGUUCAUGUGCAUCUUCUCACGCACCUUACCGUGGGCCUGUGUGCUGCGUGUGUGGGACAUGUUCUUCUGUGAAGGGGUGAAGAUAGUGUUCCGUGUGGGCUUGGUGCUACUAAAACAGAUGCUUGGGUCUGUGGACAAACUUCGGGAACUACAGGGCAUGUAUGAAACCAUGGAGCGGCUCAGAAACAUCUCCCCUGACAUGAUCAGAGAGGACUUAUUGGUUCAAGAGAUCGUCACGCUUCAAGUGACCGAGGCGCUCAUAGAGAGAGAAUGCAGCAUCCAGGUAAGGAAGUGGAGGGAGUCAAGGGGGGAACUGACACACCAGCCAGGUCGCCGCCUCCAUGGUACGAGGGCCAUCUAUGACUACAAACGCAGAGCCGCCUCCAUCAGCUCGGGCGGCAGCUACUCUUUUCUUGGAAGCCCGAUUCCUCCACCGGGACCCCUCAGGGCCUCCUCCAGCCUCCUCUCGCUGCCUGGCUUCCGCAAAUCAAAGGCUCCUUUCCACUCCCAAACCAAGAAGGGCUCCUUCUCAGGACCGUCGGGUAUGGAGGUCCUGCCUCAUCAGUCCCCGCCUGCAGCAAUGUCAAGCCAAGUACGAGGCCCAGCCCAAAAACCUCCCAUUCAUCCAGGAACAGGUCAGAAAGCACCGGCACCUCAUGUUCAGAGCCCAUUAGUUGGGGAUGCUUCAUCACGGGGGUCAACUCAGGCCUCAGAAGAAACCUCAGCACAAGACCAGGCUGCACCUCCAGCACCAACGCAAAGCACAGCGCCCCAACCCAGCACCCUGUCCCCCUCCCCAGUGAUCGUCUCUGAGCAGAUCACCCCGACUAUCCCUUCUCCUACUGCGAACAACGCCCCUCUACCACCUUGUCCCGAUUCAAAAAAAGAAGCUGCACCAGCAGCUGAAGCCCCAGCUGUAGAGGAAGAAGGCAAGAAGAAGAAAAGGAGCAAAGAAGACAAGAAGAAGGAAAAGGAAGACGAGAAGAAAAAACUGAAGGAGAAGAAAGAGAAGGAAAAGGCAGAAAAGGAGAGGCUCAGGAAGGAGAAAGAGAGGCUAGAAAAGGAGAAGAAGAAAGGGGGGAAGAAAAAGGACAAGGGGGGAGGAGAGACUGAAGACAAAAAUGGAGCCACAGCAGCGAAAGAUUUGGCCUAGUUUAUCACUUUGUCAUUCAAGAAUCAUACAAAAAAGGGAUGCCGAAAACAAAAGAAGAGGUCGGGGGAGCAAAAACCCCCAUAAACAGAGUGUUAAAUAAAAAAAAUGGGAUGGCUUCCUGUAUUAUGUCAUUAUUUUGAAGACUUAGUGGACUGUGGUGGAGAAAACUGGAUCAUGGUUUUAAUAGCACCUCAGGGGGCUUUUUGCCUCUUGCUCAAUGCUUUCUUUUUCAGAGUUUUAUUAAGAUGGGACAUAUUUUCUUUUUUCAACUGGAGCAUGGACUGUGAGUCUGGAUGUUUUCUCAGAAUAUUACAGUCAUCUUUUAGUUUUUUUUUAAUUCCUUUUUUGUUCAUUUUUAUUAUUUUAAUCAGAUCAAUGGCAGUGGUUAGAUCGACUAGACAGAUUGUCGAGGAGGGUUUGCCGGUAUAGCUGUGGUGCCAUAGUGUGUAAAUAAAUGAUAAGUCUACCUACAGUACAUAGGAUCCUGUUAGUGCUCCAUAAAAGCCCUGUCAGUUCUCAUCUGUGGACAGUGUUUUUGAGAUGCCUGGAACAAAAAAACAAAAAACAAAAAACAAAAAAAAAACAAAAAAAAACGAAGACUCACAUCCAACGCAGGCACUGUGGACAGAAAUCUUAGUAACCUUGUUGAGGAUGUAUUUAUUGUCAUGUUAAAUGUUGUGAGUGAGUGUGCCUUAGUAGUAUAGUGAAAUGUGUUACUGUUCUAUGUGUGGCCUCCCUCCGCCUGCUUUUUUUCUCUUAUUCACUAAAUCCUGGUAAAUUAUUUCAUCAUUGGAAAAUGUCUGUUUGAUGAAAAUUGAAGAAUGCUGACGAACAAAUGGAGGGAUACUUUAAAAGUAAAACCACACAUGCAGUGGUGAAGGGAAUUGUUAAUGUAAGACCUCAUUUUAACUUCCAGGUUUUGAAAAAGCAGGCACAACAUCAUUAGUCCAACUGACCAAAUGUCCACCUUUAAAUUAGUAUUAUUUUGAUGAACAAAAUCCUACGUUAAUCGGUAUUUAAUUCAGCCAAAUCUCAAUAUGGGUGCAUUCAUUAACCCAUUAGAAUGUGAUUUUAGGAGAAUGAAGGAUUAUUUUUGCACUUGUGAGUUCGUCACAAAGCACCACUGAAGUCGACCACUCCGUUUGUGUAGUUUCGUAGAGAUCGCGCGUCUCAACAGGCUGGUUUGAAAGCCUCCAGGACCUAUAGGAAGCCACUUGACUGGAGGUGCCAGGUGUGCCAAUGUAGCAUGAACCUCUGAUCUUUUACCUUCAGGCUCUGAUGUAUUUAUGUACAAAAUGGUUAAUUUAAUCAAAUAUAGUAUAUUAUGAAUUAUUGUUAUUAUUUUGGAUCCGACUAUUUUUCUAUGUGAGUAAGAGACACCUGGUAGACUGGAACGAUGGCUGGCUACACUCAGUGUAGCCGCAGAGGGAUCAUUUAAGUGUUUUUUUUUGUUUUUUGCUGCACAGGCUGAAUCUUCUGUUUUGACACAACAAACUUCAUGCAUGUCUUUGCUAUU